AUGCCUUCUGCUGAGCAAAUAAGAGCCCUAAGUGAAGCAGAAUGGAAUCGUCGUGCAUGCUGGUUCCAGGCUGAAAUCGCCGAGUUUCUCCUUCGUGAGCCAAAGCAAAAUUUAGUGUCAACAGCUGCAACAGGAACUGGAAAAACAUACACGUUUUUCCUUCCUGCACUCUAUGAAAAAAAAAAACCAGGGGUUUCUUUCAUAAUCGCACCGCUGAGAAAGCUUGCAGAUCAGCAUGUAGAGAGCGCAGAGAAAUUAGGACUCACCGCAAUUGCACUGGAAGCAAGGACCAUUAACAAGGAUGCGAUUGCAAGUAUGAGAUAUCAAUUUGUUGUCCUGGGCCCCGAUUUGCUCCGAGGGAACCUCCUUAGACCACUCUGGAUGAAGGACAGCUUUGUCAGUAACAUUAAUCGUAUCAUUGUUGACGAGGCCCACUGUGCAGUCCAGUGGCUGUCGUUCCGAACAAAAUAUACGAACUUAGCCUGGCUUUACUCAUACCUCCGGAAUCGAUGCCAAUGGUACCUCACUUCUGCGACCUUGGACCCUCGCACAUGCAGAAAAGUAUUGUCAGCAAUUGGAAUGGAUCCAUAUUAUAGUGAUCACAGUGGGGAGACAACAAAAUGGUUGCGUCGUUCAAAUGACCGUCCAAACCUGCAUUAUUGCGUCCGUCAGAUGCAAUAUAGCAAGGAUUCUUGCAAUGACUUAGCAUUCCUUGUCCCACUAGGUUUGAAAGAAUCCGAUCCUCUUCCAAAGCCAUUUCUUGUGUACUGCGAGUCCCGCGCUGAUGCUGAGCGCAGUGCUGGCUUCCUGAGGUCUCGAGUGUGCACAAUGCUCAGAAAUAGGAUUAUUUGGGUACAUUCGGGGAUGUCAGAUGGUCAUAAGUUAAUGGCAGUCAAGUUGCUCAAGGAGGGAAAGCUUAUUGGACUCACAAGUACGGAGUCACUGGGGCUGGGCCAUGACCUAGCAAACAUCACUUGCUUGGUUCAGUUCGGGCCACCUGACAACUUGAACACAUUGACUCAGCGAUUCGGAAGGGCCGCACGUAAUCCUGAAACUGCGGCCAUCGUUAUUCUCCUGGCACCAAAGGAUUAUUUCGAGGGCACACGGCAGCGGCGAGAGGAAAGGGCCCGAAAG